AUGUCUGGUUUGUCGCCAUCUUCCUCUGGGUUACUUCCUAUGCCCGGCGCGCCGUCGUCGUCAUGGGCGGCAUACAGAGCGAGAAUCGCAGCUAUGCUGGGACAUCAUGAAACCAAAGUUAUCGUAGCCUUUUGGCUUUUUGGCCUUAUAAACAAUGUCCUCUACGUGAUAAUCCUCUCCGCUGCCCAAGACCUCGUCGGCUCGCUCCCCAAGGGCGUCGUUCUCCUCGCCGAUGUCGUCCCCUCGUUCCUGACCAAGCUGGUCGCCCCGUACUUCAUCCACCGAGUCCCUUACCGUACACGAAUCCUCAUAUUCAUUGUUCUGUCCGUGGCUGGCAUGCUCAUGGUGGCUUUGACGCCAGGCACGCAGACCGUCGCCAUCAAGCUAGUCGGUGUAGUGUUGGCGAGUAUAAGUGCUGGCGGCGGCGAGCUGAGCUUCCUUGGCCUGACACAUUUCUACGGACCGAUGAGUCUGGCGGGCUGGGGCUCUGGAACAGGCGCUGCGGGCUUGGUAGGCGCAGGACUCUAUGUGAUGUUUACAGAUUGGUGGGGGUUGAGCGUGCGUAGCAGCCUGUUGAUAUCUGCGUGCUUUCCUGCCAUCAUGUUUAUCAGUUUCUUUGUGAUAUUGCCGCUUGGCCCUCUGAGAGACGGUACUACGAGGAAAGACUAUGAUGCGAUCCCGGACUUGGAAGAUGAGGACGUGGAUCAUAUGGAUCAAGGUACUGCUUCGUCGGCACUCUUGGCUCCUGGACCGUCUGUUGCGGCAACUGCGUACUCUGCGCAUAACACACCGGCGCUCACAGUGAGAGACAGGCUCAACAAGGUGAAAGUGCUGUUUGUACCGUACAUGCUCCCUUUGCUACUGGUCUAUGUGGCAGAGUAUACGAUCAAUCAAGGGGUCGCUCCUACGCUACUGUUUCCCCUGGACGAGUCGCCGUUUGACGAGUUUCGAGCCUUUUAUCCCUUCUACGGGUUCCUCUACCAACUCGGUGUCUUCAUCUCAAGAUCUUCAACGCCAUUUUUACGCAUUCACCACCUCUACCUGCCAUCUAUGCUCCAAAUUGCGAACCUCUUUCUUCUCACCUUCCAUGCUGUGUACUUCUUCCUCCCCUCCGUGUACAUUGUCUUCUUAGUUGUCUUUUGGGAGGGUCUGCUUGGAGGUGCCGUUUACGUCAACUGCUUUGCUGAGAUAAUGGAGAACGUGCCCGCCGAGGACAGGGAAUUUAGUCUGGGUGCAACUACUGUGAGCGACAGUGGAGGAAUCUCCAUUGCUGGACUCAUCAGUAUCGUUAUGGAGACGAAGCUUUGUAACUACCAGGUGGCACAUGGAAGGGAUUGGUGUCGACGCAUAUCUGCGCAGGGACAUUGA